ACACGCUUCAUCCUCAAAUAUAUAACCCUUUGACAACUGGAGACAGAUAUCUGCUUGCACGAGUGGCAUAGAGCUAGAACUAGUGCUGCAGACUAAAACUUUGUUCACGUCCAAAAAGGAUAGGGCAGCUCUGCAGGACCUGUCAAAUGACUUUUGUUACACAGCCGAAAAUAAAUAAAUAAACAAAUAAACAAAUAAAUAAAUAAAGCAUUUGAGAACUUUAAGACAUGGCAGUCCAGACGUGUUACAUGCAAUUUCCAUCAUGGGGAUUCGAAUUCCAGAAUGCUCGCCUGCCAGACACUUCGGAUUUUGAUCUUCAAGACUUCAGGGAUGCGGUUGAUAAUUUCAUUCCCGAUCAUCCUGCGUUAAUGCAGCCCUGCCUUGGAGGUAUUAACAUGCAGACGUCCAGCUGCGAUGUGUCCGACUUUGAAGCCUGUAUCAUUUCCCCUAUCCCCGCUCCACAGGACCAUCUCCUCCACAGGAACAUGUCAUACACGUGCCCUACACAUGUUCACCAUGACAAUAUGCAACCACUGGCUGAACAGUACUGGAUGGACAUGGCAGACCACAACCAGAAAGCGCUGGGGGAUGCUUUAGUGGUCAACAAUCAGGUAGGCAGCAAUUUUUAA